CUGCGGGGAAAAUCGCGUCCUCUUUCCACGUGGGCAGAACAACCACAACACAACUGCGCCGACGUGACGUAUUGCCUCGAAUCUCCUGCGCAUAUUAAAGCCGUAUUGGAUCUCUUCACCUUCUCCAUACCUCCUCUUCCGCGAAAGCGAUCUGAACGGUACUCUGAAGGACCCAAAUCUCUGUCGCACGACACUUUCCACAAUAACUCCACAAUGACGCGCGACUCCACAUUCACGCACCUCCACCUCCACCAUUCCCACCACGCCGACCACCUCGAAGACUUUACCAACCGCACCUCCUCGACCCUCGCGCCCGAAGAAAUAUACAUCCCUCCGCACCUGCAGCCCCUCAACCCCGAAGACGAAGACGACGUCGUGCCCGACCAGCACGCCGCCUUCGGCAUACAGCGCGCGACGCAGGGCAAGCGCGAGAUCAGCUGGCGGGAUCUCGGGCUGGAGGAGCUGGUGCGCAGGGCGCCGGGGGAGCGGAUGGGCGAGUUGGACACGACGGGCGCGAGAGAAGGGACGGGCGUGGGUGGGCAUGUGGCGAGGACGGCGGGGCGGGAGGAGCCGGUGCGGUUGGCCCUGCGGAGGAGGCCCGGCGCUGCUGCUGGGGGUGCGGGCGCGGGGAUGGCGAGCGCGGCCGGUCAGACACAUGGCGGGGGUGGGGGCGCUGGGAAUGGGCUGCCGCGGUGAAGGGUCGCCCGAGGAGAGUAAGCAUUAAUGAUAUUGGGAUUGCAGUGAGGGUGGAUAGGACUGCACGUCCCGCCCGUCCAACUAAGGGCGCUAUUGCCACAUAGAAGAUCCCCAGGGUAGACCAAUCAGUCUAAUGAUGAGAGCAAAGUGUGUGGCGGCAGAGGAGAACAUGGGAGAGUCGACGACACGGUCUGGCUUCGAGAAGUCCAGUCUAGCGCUAUGAAGAUUACAUUCCAGUGCUACGAAGGGUUCAGUCUAGUUGCUACAGAGAGUCCAAUCUGGCGUCACGAUCGACUUGGAAACACACAGGAGAGGCAAGCCACAUGAAAAGAAGCAUAAAGAAACAAAUGACAAUCUCACACCAUCUCCGCCAUGAACUCCACGCUACAACAGAUACCCGAACCGAUUCCCGGACCACGAGACGAGAGCCCGAUGUCUGCUCCAUGUCCUGUUAAAC